AUGGUUUCAAAGGAGUAUCAACAGCAAUCCACGCAGCUGUUCAGGGGGAAUGGGCCGAAGAUAGAGCCAAUGAGAGUCGUUGACGUCCCGAAAGCAGUGGAGGACGCGAUCGUAGCAAACGAAGAUGACCCAUGGCACAGGUAUAAAUGCGGUUAUCCUGUGGACGCAGGAAAACGGACCGUCUUUCCACUGCAAAUGAGGUCGGCGAUCUACCUCGGGUGGCUCGACGCCAUCCGCAGACGCGAGCACUGGACGAUCAACAGGGGCGAGUCUAUACUGGUGUACAGCGCCGCGGAGAAUUCACUUUCCCCGUGGCAGCGAGCAAUCAACAACGUCGCGGGGGCCAUUACCAAGCGCCUUCUCGCAGUGUUCACGUACUUCAAGACUAAGGAGCAGCAGAAGAGGGACAAGGAAGCGCAUGAAAAGGAGCAAGCCGUUGUUGCGAAACACCUAGGUGACCGAGUCGCAAACUUGAUAAGCUUGGACAACCUCGCGACGGCGGUGAAAGCACAGCGGAAAGGAUACGCGUCUGCGCUCGUGAGACACCUGACGGACCUGGCCGACAAACAGGGCCGCGGUGUAUGGCUGUUCACGCACGAAAGCACUGUGGGCUUUUACGCUCGGCUCGGGUUCGAGAGGGUCAGCCACUUUGUCGUGGGGGACAACAACCCGACAUGGACUGAGAAGCCUGUGGUUAUGUGCAUGAUGCUGAGAGAGCCAAAGACAGACUCACCACUUCUUGAGGGAGACCUCAAGGCAGAAUUGUCAUGA